CCCGCUUGCCUGCUCUUGGACAGGUGUGUCUUCUCGGAGGACAGGAGACUCCCGCCUGCAGACUCCUCCGCUUUUUAAGGUCUGUACAGCAAUAAUAAUUCAAGGACCAGCAAAGAACAAAGGUCAUGUCAAGAAAAAUAUAAGUUGUCACUUCCUGUGUAGCAAGACUUGGAUUGCCGUGGACUUAAUACAGAACUAUAAUAAGCUUUUCCAUGUACAGCAACGGGCAGCUAUGGGCAGGAGAAGACCGAUCGAUGGUCAGCCGCAUGCAGAAGAAGUUUUGGGAAACGAAACAAGUGUUAAUUAAGGUUACGGGGAAGAAGGAGGAUGAACAUGUGGUUGCAUCAGAUGCUGAGCUGGAUGUCAAACUUGAGAUAUUUCAUUCAAUUCAAACAACAGGAUCCGAACUGCUUAAAAUUAUUGAAAAAUAUCAUCAAGCUCUCAAUGCCCUGUCCCUGGAAGAAAAUGACUUUGGCUUGCACUUGAAAGUACAUGCUCAGCAAAACAGCACAAGAGCUGGGAAAAUGAUGAAAGUCACUGGCAAUGCUUUGUCCUCAUCUGCUGGCCAGAGGUUAGCCCUGUGUGCUCCGCUUUCACGGCUUCAGCAAGAAAUGGACACUUUUACUAACCGAGCAGUCUCUGAUACCUUACUGACCAUCAACCAAAUGGAAAAGGCACGGACCGAAUACAGAGGAGCCCUGUUGUGGAUGAAGGACGUCUCCCAAGAGCUAGAUCCUGACACCUAUAAGCAGAUGGAGAAAUUCAGAAAGGUGCAAAUUCAAGUGCGAAAUACUAAGAGUCACUUCGACAAGACAAAAAUGAAUGUGUGCCAGAAGGUAGACCUUCUCGGAGCUAGCCGGUGCAACUUGCUAUCACAGUCACUCGCCUCUUAUCAGACAACACUUUUGCACUUUUGGAAAAAGACAGCACAAUUAAUGUCUGAAAUACAGAAGGAAUUUCAAGAGAUGCUUCCAUACACCCCAUCGUAUCUGAAGGCUCCAAAACAAAACUCUGAACAUGAUAAUGUGGAGAAGACGGACAGUUGUGGGGAUGGUCAGGUGGAUAACCAUAUGCUGCUUACAUUACAAGAGGAAACACUAAACCAAGAAGCAAUAUCCGAUAAUAUGAAUAGCAAUUUAUUUGACUUGGAGGAUCCGGAGGAGACUAAUACUCAGACAGAACCUCGGCAGCUAUUGUUGGACAAUAUUGAAGGGGAGGAUUUUGAUCAGGAGUUCUCAUUUCUAAGUUUGCAGCCCACCAUGUCUCCAACAUUUUCUCAAGAAGAACAAGAUAUUUUUGAGUGUGGCCAAUCGAAGACUUGGACAAAACAGACAGAGAGUUUGUCUGGAUUUCUUCCUUCACAGCUGCUUGAUCUGGGGCUUCAGUCCGUGGGGGGACUCAGCAACUGGACAUUCCCAGGUUUGUCUUCAAAUGGCAGCAAGUCUGGCGGUUCUCUACAGAAAACUCCAGACCCCCCAACCCAAAUCCCAAAUGCAGGAAAUUCGGACAUGUCGGCAUGGUUGAACAUGUUUGCAGAUCUUGACCCACUUGCAAGCCUUGGUGCCACCGGCCACUCAGACAAUGAACUUUUCAGUGCGUGACAAGAGCCGAGAUGAAGCGUGAUGUGAAAGGAUCGUCGUCGUGGCGCCUUGAACAUCAAUCUAAGAAUACUUUUUGAACUCAGCAGGAGAUCGGCAAACUACUUAAAGUGCUUUUAAUGAAGUUCCUGUCCCUCCCCAGUUAUCAGUAUUGUAGUUUGAUCCCAUCUUACAAGAAGCUUUUAUUUUACUUCACUUUUCUCAAGUAUCGCUGCAGAUUUGCAAUCAAAGGGAGUCUGUCACAUCAUUUCCGCUGAUAUAACGAACAGCAUUGCCCCUCAGAAGUUUGUGAAAGCAUUCCAAACAUGCCUGUGUGUAAUUCGCGUAUUUAUUGAAUGUCCAGGAAAAGCACUUUUAGGAUGUCUUCACACGUCGCAGAAUAUUUCAUGACUAAAAAUCAGUUCCAUUCAUUGAAUGGGACAGCAAGCACACGGAUCUCUGAAACCCCAUUCAGGUGAAUGGCACUGAUUUUCAGUUACGGAAAAUUCUGCAUCAAAGUCCGCAGCGUGUGUGGGUACCCUUCUCUGCUGAAAACCGUCUCCCAAGUGCCCAAGUCCACCGCUCCUAACCUCCCAAGGCUUCUUCUCCCCUGAUGUCACGUCGCCACAGCUAGCUGCCACGGAAAAAGCCACUCUGCUUCCAGCAAUCUUUACAAGCGUAGGCCACAGCGCCUGCACAGAACAUAUCCUUGACGCAAUAUCCCACAAAGGGAAUGUACCUCGCAGGCGGUGAAAGAGCAGCUCUGGGGAGAGGAGAGAUGGGCUUGGGCUUUUGGAACAACAAAGCCUGCCCAGCUUGGAUACUUGGGAGCCGUUUUUCAGCAGAAUAAGGCCUCAUUCAGACGGCCGUACUGUUUUGCGGAUCUGCAAAACACACAUACCGGCCACGUGCGGACCGCACAUGGCCGCAACUAUAAUAGAAAAUUCCUAUUCUUGUCCAUGAUUGCUGACAAGAAUAGGACAUGCUCUUUCCGCAGAACGAAACCACGAAUGGGGAAAGCACACAGUGUGCUGUCUGCAUCUUUUGUGGCCCCCAUUGAUUUUGGAUAUUGAUGACCUGUCCUCAGGAUAGUGAAAGAUAAUGUACAGCAGCACCCACGUGCCUUCUCGACCUUAGGCCUCCUGCACACGACCUUAUGGCUUUUUCAGUGUUUUGCGGUCCGUUUUUCACAUAUACAGUAUAUACAAAGAAAAAAUUGGGCUGGGCAUAACAUUUUCAAUAGAUGGCUCCGCAAACGGAACGGAUACAGAAGACGUACGGAGUACAUUCCGUAUGCGUUUAAUUUUUUUUUGCGGAACCAUUGAAAUUAAUGGGUCCGUAUACAGAAUGCAAAAAAUGGCCUGUAAACGGAAAAGAAAAAACAGGAGGCCUUACCGGAAUGCACCAGCCAAACCACAACCGCAGAGCCUCAGCAUUCCACAAAUUAGCGUUCAAAGAAAUUGUAACGGUCGCAUCUCCAGACGUGCUUUAAUGAAUGUGUAAAAAAAAGUACAACAUUUCGGCUACGUGGUAGCCUUUCUCAUGCAUUGCUUGAUGACGGCUACCAUGUAGCCGAAACGUUGCAAUUUUUGUACACAUUCGUUGAAGCAUCUCCAAUAAAUUAUAUCUGGAGAUGCGGCCGUUACAGUUUCUUUGAACGCUAUCCUCAGGAUAGGUCAUCACUAUCUGAUCGGUGGGGCUCCAACACCCGGGACACCUGACGAUCAGCUGUGAGCACCGCGCAUUCUCCAUGUUGACCAAGCACAGCGCCGUACAUUGUAUAGCAGCUGUGCUUCGUAUCGCACUCAGCCCCACUGAAAUGAAUGUGCGAUACCAAGCACAGCCACAAUAUAAUUUACGGC